AGUCAAAGAUGAACUGUGGAUGAGAGAGAACGGAUUGGAUUAUGACUAGUUUUUAUCUGGUGGUGCUUCUAUUCUCUCUCAUUAAAUCUUCUUAUCAAAAUACAAUAGUGUUCAAAACAAAAGAAGAGGAUCCAAGAAGAGAAAUUGGAAAUCUUCGUCACGCUUUUAAAACUUUUCACGGUCAAGCGGUUGAAUUUCAACUAUUUAGACCAAAAGGUUCUGAAGAACCUCAAAAUUGGUUUGACAUAGAUAAAGUUACUGGAAUUUUAAAAAGUAGAAAAACUAUCGACAGAGACUCUAUCUGCUAUGCCCGAGAACAAUGUUUCGUUGAGUUAAAUGUGGGUCUAACGGUCAAUUCAAAAGUUAACAUUCGUCAAGUUAAAGUUCUUAUAGAGGAUAUCGACGACAAUAUACCAACAUUCAAUAAAGAAAUUUUUAAAGUGUUCGUAUCGGAGUCAACCGCCGUUGGAACUAGGAUUAAUUUACCAAUCGCCAGAGACGCUGACAGCCCCAUAUACGGCAUAAAAGAAUAUGCCUUAACCGACGAUUAUGGAAUUUUUAAAUUGUCCGUAACUGAAACAGAUAGCGGCCCAGAUCCGCAUCUGAUAAUUCAGGGAAAAUUGGAUAGAGAAAAGAAGAGCAGGUAUAAAAUGCGGCUUGAAGCUAGAGAUACCAAACACGCCGGUUCUUGCCUUAUAAUUAUCGAGAUUCAAGACGAUAACGAUAAUUCACCGAUAUGCGAUAAAACGUCUAGGGAAAUUUCCCUUGCGGAAAAUUUUAGAAAAGGAAAGAGUGUCGUCAAUGUCACUGCAACCGAUCAGGACUCUGGUCGUAAUGCUAUGGUUGUCUACAAGUUCGGAGAAUUGGCGUCUAAAGCGGUCAAGGAGACUUUCGCCUUGAAUAAAUCUACGGGAGAGGUAACAUUAAAGAAUUCGCUGGAUUACGAAAACCUUCAAAUCUAUCAUCUUCCUAUAAUCGCUAGUGAUUCAGCACCAGAUUCCAGGUCUACGACUUGUCUAGUUAUUAUUAAAGUUAUCGACCUUAAUGACCACAAUCCUUCAAUUAACGUACAAACUAUGAAUGGCAGACCGGAGGCGGAAGUUGAAGAGGAUUCCGGUCCAAAAACUUUUGUCGCCUAUGUUACAGUCUCUGAUCCAGAUUAUAAUUCUAAACAGAAAAUAAAAUGUUCCUUAAAUCCCAAUGGCUAUGAAGCAUGGUUUGAUUUACGUCAUAUAAAUGGAAAUCGUUAUCAAUUAGUAACCAAUAAAUAUCUGGAUAGAGAACAGAGAUCAAGGUACGAUGUUGAAAUAAGAUGCGUUGAUUCGGGCUCUCCUGCAAGACAAUCCAAACAACUUUUGAUUGUAAGGAUCAAAGAUAAGAAUGAUAAUUCUCCCUCAUUCGUAGAAAAUGUAAUAACAAAAACUGUAGAAGAAAACAAUCGACCAGGAACGCUUCUUUGUCAAUUAAGUGCUACCGAUAGUGAUAGAGGAGAUAAUGGUCGUGUCCGAUACGCUAUCAUAAGAACCAAGCCUGAUUUAUUUAGGAGCUAUUUUCGUAUCAAUUCUACAAACGGAACUUUAACGAUCGUUAAGAGAUUAGACAGGGAAAGAGGCGAAAAAAUCGAAUUGGAUAUCGAAGCCAGGGAUAGGGGUGAACCAUCUAAUUUCGCAAUGGCUAUUGUCAAGGUACACGUUAUGGACAUGAACGAUAAUGCACCAGAAUUCUCAAAGAAAUUGUACAAUUUCACGGUGUUAGAGAAUACGACUUCCAGCUCCUUCAUAGGAACAAUCGAGAUUCGAGAUAGGGAUAGCAAACCAAAUGCCAGAUACCUGGUUAAUUUUACCAAUCCGGAGGACCUUUUUCGGUUUGAUAAGAGGAAUGGAAGGUUAUCAACCAAAUAUCUAUUGGAUAGGGAACGCCGUUCUUCUUAUCAAUUUCGUAUGAUAGCUGUUGAUAGGGGAAAAAGUUCUCUAAGGUCAGAGACAGUAAUAAGAAUAAACGUUAAAGAUAGAAAUGAUAACAGUCCAAAAUUUGUGUUUCCAUCUACUGAGAAUAAUUCUUUGAUGAUAUCAAGCCUCACGCCAUCCGAUGUUGAGGUUGGUCGAUUACUAGCCAAAGAUCCCGACCUGAAUCCAAAGCUCAAGUACGACUUAAUAGACGGUGACUAUUUCCGUCUUACACCAGACGGUGCACUUUUAGUUAGUGGAAAUCUAGGGGAAUUAUUUGGAAAUGAAAGACUGCAGCUUCAAGUUAGGGUUCAAGAUGAAGGAAACAAUAAAGAUAUUCAAAUAUUAUAUAUCCAACUGAACGAUUCUCUACCUUACCAUGGGAGUAAAACGUUUUUAUUCGAUGGAAGUUUAUUCAUAGUACUCAUCGUCUCAGCUUCCGCAGUUUUAUUACUUUUAUUAUUAGUUGUUUUGGCUCUUGGUCUUCGAGCCGCAAAAAAAUCGAAAGCCGAUAGAUAUAAUUGUAGAUUGCAAUCAUUGAAAGUAUGGGCUCAAAAUGAAGAGAAAGACGAGGAAACAGAUGAUGAGGAGGAGAGAGAUGUUUUAGAAAAAAACUGUGAACACAUUUCCAACAGUACAGACCAGGACUGGAAGGUACCACCCCCACCCCCGCCUCCCAGACUUGUCCGCCCACUUCUGAAGUCAAACGUGAGAAUUUAGCAAAAAAUUAAACGAUAAAAGUAACGGCGGACCUAUUAAGUUAGAGUCUAAUAUAUAUAUAUAUAUAUAUUUGUACAGUUUUAUAAACUAUAUAUCUA